AUGUCUUCUCGAAGGAACGCCAGCGAGAGCGAUAAAGACGAGACAUCGAGCGCGUCUCCCUCUUCUAGUCCUUCUACCGCUGCUGCACUCGAAGGCAUGGCGGAAGCCAUCGAAAAAGGAGCGCAUCUCCCCUCCGUGGAUGAAAGAAUAAAACACGCUUUAGAAUGUCCUUGCGUGAAACCAUUGAGAGAUACGUCGUGCGGAGAAGAGUUCGACAUGGCGUUGACGUGUUUUAUGAAAGCAGACGAAGCGACGAGAGCGAGCGAUUGUGCGGACAGGUUCGUGGCGUUGCACCAGUGCAUGGUUAAGCAUAGCGAGGAGUUUAAAGAAUUCGCGGAGGAGCUGGUGAAACAUAAAAACGUCGAAGGUCCAGCGCAAGUGUAA